AUGGUUUUGGAGGACGAAAGCAGCGACGGCCAUUCUAGCCCCCCGUACAUGCAUUCUUCCUCCAUAGAUGGUCUCAACGAGGUUUUGAUUUGGCCAUUGUCUUUGUGCGAGCUUCUGCAGGUUCCUUUCACCAUUGAAGAUCCAGAUUACAAGGGGCUUGAGCUGGAUGUGAUGUCUCCAUGUGAGAAGCACGGCAUGGCAUCUGAGAGGCUUGUUGCCUUUGAAGGAACAGACACAGGCAGGAGGUUUUUAGCAUGUGCACAGUCGGAAGGUAGCAAUUGUGGCUUUGUUGAAUGGGUUGAUCACCAGUGGCCCCCAACAAUGCAGAAUGCAUUGUUGAAGCUAUGGGCAAUGGUUGAAGAUGCCAAAAGUGCUAGGGUGAAUGACAAUCUUGAGAAUUCUUUCACUAUCCACCAUCUGACAGAAGAGAAGAACAAGCUGGAGGCCAACUAUGACAAGCUAGUCCAAGAUGUGCAUGAGCUGAUGAACUUCCAGGAAGAUAAGGUGGUGGAUUUCAGGCAUCUGCAGUCUGCCAUUACAUAUCAGCAGGAGGUAAGAAAAGAACUGACUGAUGAUAUGAAGGCAAAGAUGGCAACUGAGAUGGCAAAGAAAGAUGCAGAGACCCAGCAACUUACUCAGAAGUAUGAGGUGCUGCUCAACCUGACAAGAGCUCAAGCAACAGUCAUUCAGAACUUGAAGUUGAACAAAAUGAAAGAGAAGCAAGUGCUUACUGAAGCUAGUAUGAAUUUGGAGCUGAAGAAUGCAGAGCUAACUAAGUGUCAGGAGAAGCUCACCCAAGAGAAGCUAGAGUUGAAGCUUCAGGUUGCUGAUCUGCUUAAGGGAAAUAAAAAGCAUAUUGAAGAGAAGUGGCAGUUAGAGUUUCAGAAUGAAAAGUUGAAGGAGAAGUUCAGGGGGAUUCAAGCCAUCUUGGAGAAGUGAAGAAGAUGAAAUGAGAUUAGUGGCAUUGCUGACCUUUUGGGAAUGAUGGUUGUGUAAUGACCUAGCAUCUAGGAACUAAUGUUGUGUACUGUAUGCUUGUACUAAUGGUGAACUAUGGCUGUGUAUGUAUGUAGUAGUUA